CAUGGAAAUAUGUAAACAACAAGGCGUCAAGACGGAACUGUAUCGUGACUUCUGAACUUGUUCAACCAUGUAGCAAUCGUAUGGAAAUAAUGAAAAAAUAAAGUGAGAGGAAUGGAAGUCUCAGGAGGCGAGAGUGUUCAUCAUCAGAGGCACGCUUGAAGAUGUCGACCACCAAGAAACCUGGUGAAUUAGAGAAGGUGGCCCCAGGGUCUGGCUUCCCAAGUAAGAGCACUCAUGAGAAGUCGGAAUCAGGUGGCGGGGAAAUGCAGCCUUACGUACACGAACCCAAAAAUGUCAAUGUCCACCAGUUCUACCCGAUAUUGGAGCACACCUUCACGAAGACUGCGAGCAAGUUUGCUGAGGAACAGCAGCAUCAGAUGGAAGUUGCUAUUAAACAGUUCGUGGAGGAGGAGGACGAGGACAGGGGAGGCCUGAGGGCUAUCACAAGUGGCGGGGAUGAUGGGGAUGGUGCUGAUGGAGGGGAGCUCCAGGCUGAUGCCAACAACUGUGCUGAAAAUGAUCCCCAGCUGUUCCGUGCUAUUUGGGGCAAGAAGCCGGAGCACCAGCCAGAGCCAGGUGUGUUCUCCACGGCGGUGGAUGAGGAGACACUGGAGGCAGCCAUGGCCAGGAACAAAAGUAUCUACACCACAGAAGAGUGGGAGACAGAGUCCAAACCCGCCAUGCCCAGUGCCGGACAAAUCAUCACUGAUAGGGUCAUUGAACACAUUGACAUGGCCGAGGAGUUGAAGAAGUCUGGGAAGUAUGUGGCUGCCAUCAAGUGUCUGACCAGGGCGAUUGGCCUGAAGACCGAUGACCCACUGUUGUACAUGGAGCGAGGCGAGUGCUACGUCCAGCUGUGCGACUUCCAGUCUGCUGUGCUCAACUACAAGAAAGCGUGUCUCCUGGGACCAAGCAAUGAGGUGUUCUAUAUUCGGCUGGCGUUCCUCUACUAUUUCCAGGGUCAGAUGUUGUUUGACCAGCACCUGUACGCCGAGGCCCUUGAGUCCUUCUCCAGGGCGGCCGAGAUGAAGCCUGACAACAUCAGCUACCACAUCAGAAGUAUCUCGUGUCUGGCAGCGCUACAGCGGCAUGGGGAAUGUCUGGCUUUGGUCAACAAACGGCUGGAGAUAGACAACACCAACGCAGAUCUCUACAUCAUGAGGGCCAGGCUGCACGAGAUGUUCAGAAAUACAACAUUGUGUUACUAUGAUGUGAAAGAUGCCCUGGCCCUGGACGGAGAGCAUUCUGAAGCCCAGAUGAUGAUGGCGGCAUUGGAACGUCGAGCAGACGACAACAAGAAACAAGCCAUGCAUCUGAACGUGCUCAGCAAACACAGAGAGGCUCUGCAAAAGAUUUCCAUCGCCAUAGAAACAAACCCCUCAAUUGCAGGCUACCAUGUUCUGAGAGGAGCCCUGCACAGAAAGCUUCAUGACUUCAACGCGGCGAUAGAUGACUUCCUGUUGGCUCUGGACAAGUGUGAUCAUGAUGAAAGCAAUCCAGUGUAUGCCGACUCACAGCGACAGCUGCUGUUGACGUACAACGACUUUGCUGUGGAGUGCUUCUCCAAGUGUUUCUAUGAUGAGGCCAUCAUUCUGCUAAACAAGGCCAUCAAGGGAGAGAAGCAUGAAAAGGGACUCUACAUCAACAGGGGAGACUGUUUCUUCAAGCAGAACGAGUUGAACUUUGCCCUCCAGGACUAUCACCAAGCCAUGGAACUGGAUGCUGGUGACCAGGCAACCAAGUCACGUAUUGCUGUCAUACACAACGAGUUUGGGGUCGGCGCCUACCAGGAUAAAAACUAUGCUGAAUCGGAGGUGAAAUUCACGAUGGCUAUCCAGUACAACCCCCAUGUCGGUCAGUACUACAUUGCUCGGGCACGCUCCAGGUACAUGCUGGAGAACUCGACUGGAGCCCGCCAGGAUCUCAUCCUAGGCCUUCUGCUCGACCCCACCAAUGAGGACGUAAUCUCCAUUCUGUCUCGCCUCUUCCCAGGCAAGUCUGUGGCUCACGUCGUAAACAGCCCAGUUGCUGAUGCUGCCCGCCAAACUUUGGAAAAUCUCGUGGCCACAGCUUCACCCAUUAAACUCCAGCCACUGGACAGGUUGGUGGGUGGCAAGGCACUGGGUCACGAUGACUCCAGGCCAGACACAGGGGAGGAACGAGGGUUGUCUCCCCCUGACAUCCAGGUCUGGCGGCCAGGAGGUGGAAUCCCAGCCCUGGCACUGUGUAUUGAGGAGAGAGACUUCAACUUGAAGUUUGCCCACAAGAAGAAGAAGGCAAACACACGAGUGAAAGAUGCAAUGUUCAACCGGAAGACCCUCAAGUACAAUGGCCCCCGCAUGGCCCCAAUGCCUCCUCCCUCCACCCAGCCCCGCUAUGGCAGUCUCUCUAUGAGGAAGCAUCAUGUAGUCACACCGGAACUCGGUCAACAGAAGGGGUACUCGUGGCGGACAUUUAGUCUGGGUGUUGGAACCCAGAUCUGAUGUUACAAUAAUGGAUAUGUGCCUUCAUCAUCAAAACCAAUUUCUGUGUGAUUUUAUGAGGGGUCUUGUUACAACUGUUGAAAGAAUCUGACAAAAACAUUUUUGGUAAAGAUGUUAUUUUGAUGCCCCAUGUUCCUUCUAGCCUAAAUUUGGAAACCUUGAAAAUUGUUGAACUACAUAUGAAGUAACAAAACUGGCCAAAAAAGGAAUGAUGUUUUGUUGUUUCUGAAAUAUUUACACUUUAAAUACAAUAGAAUCAUUUGUUUUGUUGUGACAUGAUUCUGAAUCCUCAAUCAGUGUUUUUCGAGUGAGAUGAGUUACAGUGGUUUCAGCUGCUGCAUCUUCCUUAGAUACCAUCCUCAGCAUCAUGGGGUGUAAUCACAGAGAUUCACAUGUUGAUGGUUCAGUGGGAUUUUUUACUCUGUUUUACUGUUGAUUAUUGAUCAUAUGCAAAAUAUGAACUGUGCAUUGAGUAAUGUCUGUCUGCAGAAAUAUACAAUCAGUACACCACAAAUAUACAACCAGUACACCACAAGUAGAACACCAAUGCAUGACACAAGUACAUCACAGAUACACGAGUACACCAAAGCACCACCAUUACAACACCAAUGUACAGCACCAACAGAACGCCAUUCUUUGUGGAUCACAAACAAGGUACAUACUAGUAGUGUUCAUGCUGAUGUUGAAGGUUCUAGGGUUUUACGAGUUAUAUAAAUACUUGUAUUAUUUGUCAACAGUUUUGACAGCAAAACUUUCUGAUCAACAACAAGAAGUCCCUAUAUGCUGUACUUCUGCCAUGUUGAACAGCUCUUGCCAAAAUAAUCCAUUCAGCAUUCAGAACACAGAUUAAUUUACACAAACAGUAUUAAACUUCCAAAUGGUAAAUAUUAGCUGAAUUUUUCAUAUCAUAUUAAGAAUUCUGCAGUUGUUGCUUUUUUAUAGUCACCUUGGCUUCCAUGUUAAAGCUUUACAGUUGUCUUGUGGCUGGAGAAUCGUGCCCUGUAGGAUCUGUAUACAUGGUGUUGAUUGUCAUAGGUGUGUGUUUUGUUAUACAUCAUUGGUUAUAAGGACCUCAUAGUUGUUUCUUUAUCAUAAAUCCAACAUUGCCAAACUGUGAAGAUUUGUAUUGCUCAAUUUGGGUGAAAUAAGAGAGCAGACUUAAUGGAUUGGGGUUGUCAGUUGGUGACGGGAGAGCAGAAAAUUAUGUUAUCUUCUCCCUGGUCUAUCUCAUACUACAUCCCAAUCUAAUGCACAUGAUCCCCCCUUUUGGGACUUCUGUGCAUCAGAUGCACCGCUGCACAGCUGAUACGAACUCAUUCCAAUUGCAUAGAUCGAUGCUCAUGCUGUUGAUCACUGAAUUAUCUGGUCCAGACUUGAUUAACUACAGGCUGCUAAACUGUCCAAUAUUCCACCCCCUCCUGAAAUGUAUCCUAUCCCCAAUCUGCAGCAUCAUGUGUUACCUCAAUACUGUGAUAUUACUGUGAGUAUACCACUCAAUAUGGAUGAAGGUGUCCAACUGCACAUCUUUUCAGUAAUUGUAAAUAGUAGAACAUAUGUUCAUAUCAGCAGUAGAGUAGUACAUAAAUAAUGUAUGUAGACAUUCAUACUAGGGCUGCUACAAUUCACUUGUGUAUUCAGUGAUUUGAACAAUAUUCCUUCAUGAAUUUAAUUAAUUAAUUACAUUAUUUACAACCACUUGAAUCAAACGUUCAUGAUCUGUUUAAAGAGUCUUUUUCACUUGAAUCGGUUAUUUAUCACAGUGAGACAUGCAAUAUGUCCGAGGCAGGCAGGAUAAUAGUCACCACUCAUAUGUAAAAAAAAAUUGAUUUGAUGGCUGUGUUGUCACUGUUGUGACAUAUUAACACUGUCAUCAUGGUCAAAACAUGUCAAAUAAUGUAUUUUGUUAUCAUUUGACUGAAUGUGUAAUGGUAUUCGGGAGAAAUAUUUGUAUUUGUGACCCUAUAUUUGUGAAAUGUAUUGUAGUUGCCACAUAGUGGACUCAUUGCAGCCCUAGUGUAUGUUCCAGAGAAGAAUAGAGCGGUAGGGUAGCCAAGUGGUUAAAGCAUUCGCUCGUCACGCCGAAAACCCAGGUUCGAUUCCCCACAUGGGUACAAUGUGUGAAGCUCAUUUCUGGUGUCCACCAUCGUGAUAUUGCUGGAAUAUUGCUAAAAGCAGCGUAAAACUAUACUCACAUACUCACUCCACAGUAGAAUGACUGGGACAGUGUCCAGGUUGUGGACAUAUAGGGUGUACCUGGUUUAUUCAUGUUUGUUUUGUUUCAUAACUGACAAGUAUCGUUUUGGUUAUCCUGACAUUCAGGUGAUCUUGUAUACACUGCUUAAGUUAGAUAUGUAAAAUUUGGCGUGCAUGAUUGUACACCAGAGUUUAUAUUUAUUAUUUAUUAUGGUAUAUUCAUCAAAUCUUGUUACACUAUAAGCCAAAUAUGACAUCACAAUUGCACUGUCGAUGUUUGAAAUUUAUGUGAUUGAGCUGUGUGAUUGAAUAAAGACAUUUCAAAUUGUUA